CCCUGAAUCAAUAGAUACGGGAGCGAGAUAAGGUUGUACUUCAACGGAUUCGCUGAAUUUAUGCUGUUUCACCUAACGACGUAGAACAGAAAACAAUUAAUCAUACAUUUAUAUAUACAUAUGUAAUCUCGGACUGCUGCUCACUCUGCUUGUAUACAUAUGACUAGUGCCAGCGACGUAGGUGCAAUGUCCGAAGAAGAGUCAUUUGUAAUUCUCGGGAGCUCUCCCUACCCAUCGCUCUGCACCGACGGCUCUGUUCUUAUUGCUGAUGCAAUGAAUACUGGAGAUGGACGAGUGACAGUGGCACAGGAGAUCGAUGUAUCUGACGAACCUGCUGCUGUAUCGAGCUCGGGGCCAAUGUCCACAUCUGUUGAUAGUGACAGGCACAAGUCUCUGGCCGCAAGUUUCAUCAUGGGUGAAGUGAAAUCGGAUGUUCUCAAGAACAGCGUAUAUUCCCAGUUUCCCAGCCUCUGUUCGCUACAGGCGUCUGCCGAGGAUGUGGUCAAGCUGCAACACAUGAUGGCGGAGUACGUUUCGUUGAAGAAAACUCUGGAUAUGGUCAAUCGCACAAUGCAGGACUACUACAAGCUGACUCAGCAAUGGCGCCAGGAGGCAGACCACCAAGAGCAGCAAUAUAAACAGCAGCUAAAGGAGUGCCAGGAGCAGGUGGAAAAACUACGUGCAGAAAAUCAAACGCUCAAGGCCGAACUGGAGACGAAGCUGGAGCAGAUCGAGUUAGUGCAGGAUAUACGGCAGAAGGAGCAGGAUGAGCUCAGACAAAGUGUUUCAGAGAAGACGUCACUGAUCAACAAUAUGCGUGUGGAAAUUGACAAGCUUCAGCAGAUCAAGCUGAAUUCCUUCGAGUUUGUACUGAAAGAUAGCGAAAAGGCGGCGGAGAUUGAAGUGAGCAAUCCGCUGAACUAUGUGCAGCGAGAAGAACAUGAUCGUCAGAUCCGGGAACUGCAGCGAGAGCUGUCCAAAAUAUUGGCCGAUAAUCUGGAAGUGAACGAUAUGAAAAAAGCAUACAUUCAGGAGAUCGAUUGCUUAAAGGUGAACUUGACAAGCGCCCAAGAACUUAUGGACAAAAUGCAGCGCGAUAUCAAUCAGCUAAUGGACAGGGAUAUCAAAAAACAGGAACAGAUUGAGCAUCUGCAGACACAAAACGAAAUCUACCGGAGAGACUUUGAAAUGGAGCGAGCGGAUCGCGAGAAGAAUGCUGGCGAAAAGGAACAGUAUCUUUUGGAUCUGCGGGCAUUACAGAGGCGGAACCAGGAGUUGAUUGAGGCUCUUGCCGAGUCCCACAAGUCCCCCAAAUCCGGCUCCCCCUCCCGAUCGAGCUCGGGCAUAAGUAGUUUACGCGAGGACCAGAGACCAGUAAGAGUACUAGAUCCAACAGGCGCCGCCGCUAGGCCUUCGGACAGUACCCUGCGCUGUCCCAUCUGCUCAAAGUCCUUCAAUUCCUUGAGCGUAUUGCAGAGUCAUGUAAAUGAUUGUCUGGACAAGAACUAAGCCCUUUAACUAAUCGUUUAUUUAUGGUAUCACUUAUUCUUACGCUUCAAACGGCACACUUUAUAAAAUAGCACAUUAUUUUAUCAAUUAUAGUAGAAAUCUAUAAUUGCAAUAGAA